UGUAAAUUUACAUUAUACAAUGUGAGUCAUAAAAAGAAUUUGAGUUAUAGUAUAAUAAUGAGAAUGAGUGGCCUAGUGCUAAAAAGAGAGACCUACUGUUUUCUGUAAGUUAGUUGGUGGAGUUUCCCAUCUCCUUCCACGACGCGAGGAUGAAUUACAACCGAGCACCCUCAAAAGUACAACCAGGGAGGGAACGUAACAACCAGCGCGCACUGGCAAGGCUUAAGCUGUUGCAAGAACGGAAGAACAACUCUUGCCGGACUCUUAAAAACGGCAGUGGUAGAAACAAUGGAGAACAACAUGCUCAACCUCGACGAGAUGAAACACGUCGAGACGAGCGCGGUAGAGGAUGGGACGAGAGCAACAGCAAGAAAUGCAGUACCCUACCAAGCUCCAAGGAAAUUAUCCGGCAGGCGCUUUUUUCCUCUAGUUGUAGUAGCAGUGCAUCUACGACGAGGCCAUCCCAACAUCAGACUUUGAGCCAACUAGGUGCACUAGGUGGAUAUGAUGGGAACAACGUCACGGCACGCCAAAAUGUUGCUUUUCCUGCUUCCAUAGUAUCGAUUACUUCGAGAAAAAAUUACUCGGAAGAAGAUAGUAAUCAUCGCGAUCGGCACGUACUACGAGAACGUGGACCGCGAAGCGAACAGCACCAUUUUCCUACUUCUUCUUCGUAUGUUGUUCAUCCCAGUAGAGGAAGAGGUGCCACUAGUACUACGAGUACGUCCUCAUCUUCAUCGAGUUCCUCCACCUUUGGCACUCCGUCUUAUCGCAUCAACGAUCUGCAGGGUGAUGAUCUUCUGCCUCGUCUAACUGGUAAGAAUAGUGAUCAGGAUUUACGUAGAGUAGAGCAGCUGCGCACAAAAUUCUAUGAGUCACUUCAGCCGAGUACCACUUCCGACGAGAGAGGCAGAAGUACGCGUAGGGGUG